AUGGACGUCGAUCUGAAUGAUGGACGCGACCGUAUCGCGCCAAUGUUCAAAGAUCGCAACGUGCUGAUCACGGGCGGGACGGGAUUCCUCGGUAAAGCGCUGAUCGAAAAAUUACUCCGAUGCUGUCCGGAGAUUGGCAAUAUCUAUCUUCUAGUCAGAGCAAAGAAGGGCAAAUCACCGCGUCAACGCUUGGAGGACAUCUUUGCCAAUCCGCUGUUCGAGACCGUCAAAGGAAUGCGCGGUCUGGAUACGUUGAUAAGUCAAUGUACCGUGAUCGGUGGCGAUGUCACCGAACCGGAACUGGCCAUUUCUCCCGAAGACCGUAAGCUGAUAACGGAAAAUGUGUCGAUCAUCUAUCACUGUGCAGCGACGAUCCGGUUCGACGAGACGCUCAAGAAGGCGGUCAUGCUUAACACUCGCGGCACCAAGUAUAUGAUCGAUCUAGCAAAACAGUGCAAAAAAUUGGACAUGUUUGGGUAUGUAUCCACCUCCUACUGCCAUCUGAAUGAGAAGCUGCUGCUGGAGAAGCCAUAUCCACCACCGGCCGAUCCGCACAAAGUAAUCAAAGCGGUUGAAUGGCUUGAGGAGGGUGUGGUUGAUGGUAUGACCAAAAAAAUUCUGGGCGAUUGUCCCAACACAUACGCCUAUACCAAAGCGCUAGCGGAAGCACUGGUGGUGGAAUCGAUGGACGAGAUCCCGGCCGUCAUCUUCCGUCCCUCGAUCGUAAUUCCCACCUGGCGCGAACCGAUUCCCGGCUGGACGGACAAUAUUAACGGACCGGUGGGACUACUGAUCGGUGCCGGUAAGGGUGUGAUCCGUUCGAUGUACUGCAACUCGGAUGGGUACGGAGACUAUCUGCCGGUUGAUUUCGCUGUCAGUGCUAUGUGCGUUUGCACCUGGAACUACGUCGGUAACAAGGACUACAAGCGAAACAUCUACCAUCUGGUCAGUUCGGCAGAGAUUAAGGUGUCCUGGGAAGGUAUCAUCGAGCGCGGAAAGUGGAUCGUCUCCAACAAGAUCCCGCUGAACGGUGUGCUGUGGUAUCCGGGCGGUUCGAUGAAGCGUACCCGUUGGGAACACAAUCUGUCUGCAUUCUUUUUCCACUGGAUACCGGCAUUCUUGAUCGAUUGUUUGCUGUACUGCUUCGGAUAUAAGCCAAUACUGUGGAGGAUACAUCAGCGUAUCGCCAAGGGUUUUGAAGUGUUCGAAUACUAUGCCAACAAUCAGUGGGACUUUGACAAUGCUACCGUACUGUACCUGCGAACGAUUAUUAACGAGGAGGAAAAGGUCAAGUUCAAGAUAGACGCUGGAGGGGUGGAAAUUCAAGAAUACUUCGAAAACUGUAUACGAGCCGCACGGUGGUACAUUCUGAAGGAAACGGACGAUACUAUUCCCGCUGCCAGACGUCACAUGCGUGUCAUGUGGUGGGUCGACAAGAUAUGUAAGACAUUAAUCUACGGUGGACUCAUCUACUACAUCGGCAAGGCGCUCUACUCGCUGCUGUUUGCGUCCGUGUUCUAG